UUCUUCGGACUGACUCUCCAAGUGCUCAAGUGUUACGUUCUUCAGGCUCAAGACAUCCACCCGAUCCCAUCCAGAAAAGAUGGCACCCCAGGUUAACGCCAAUCUCUAUGUCGUCCAUGGUGGUGAAUGGAUGUGCUUCACGAAGUAGGCACAUAGCUUCGUUAAUGUCGUCGAUAUUUUCCUUGUCUUCUGCUCGUCGACCAAGCGGAUUCGCAAGAGCACACAGUAUCGACGCCUUCUGAGACUCAUGAACCAGAGCUUGUCGGGACAUGGUGAUACAUCGGUCUAGACCGCGGCGAGAAAGACGCUCUCCUCCUGCUCGUAGCAUCUAUGUAGGCUAGCAGCGAGGUUGCUUAGCCACUGCGCUCGGCUGUCUUUCCAGCCCUCAUGUGGUACAGCCUGAAGCAGCUUUUUCAAGAUAUCGAUGGAACGGUCCACGUCGCCGAGGGAUCCAGUCAAUUGAAAGCGCUCGUCAGACCUGACCACCAGGAUGUUGAAAGUAUGGAAAUCUUGGCCAGUACUUUGCAGGACAGUGCCUCUGGGCUCGUCGAUAAUGGAUACAGCUUGUGGCGAGGCAGCCACUGCGUCUUCGCUGAGCGAGGUCGACCUGUAGAGGUCUUCGGGAAGUUCAUUUCGCCAGUAGUCAUAUUCUAGGGCUGUUGCAUAGUUGUAUGCACGAUUCCUUCGUCAACUGACAUCUUCGGCAGAGUGAGGGAUUUCGUAAAGCUC